GAUGAAGAAUUAGAUGGAGCAGCCUAUCCACCCACUGCGUAUGCCAUCGCUUCUUUCUCCUCUACCCUCACUCCAUCUUUAUAUAUCUAUAUAAACCAUCCGGUACAAUGCAAGCACACGACGUCCAUGGUCGUCAAUCUUCGUCCGUCGAUCGGUCGUCACCACGGAAAACUGUAGUGGUUCUACAGCCGGACUGUUAAUUCCACGGUAAUGGCUGCCGCCAAGCUCGUCCGCUCGUCGACCCUCCUCGCGCUCCUCGUCACGGCGGCGCUGUGGACGUCCUGCGCGCUUGUGCCGGCGGCAGCGGACACUGCCAUGCAACCGGCGGCGUCGGCGCCGCCGAGCGCAGGUGUGCCGGCGCCGUCGAUGGACUCAUCAUCGGCGGCAGCUCCGACCGCCACCACGCUACCUGCCACACCCGCCGCGGUGCUGCCAUCAUCCUCACCAUCAACACCAGCGGCGUCCACCGCCGCCGCAACGGCGUCGAAGAAGUUCCCGGUGCCGAACCCCGGCGGCGAGCCGUACCUUCCCGCGGCGGAGGUGGCGUCGGCGCUGCCGGUGCCGACGCCCGAGGAGGUGCCCAGCGCGGCCAGCCUCGGGUACGGCAGCAACGGCUUUGGGUACGGCGGCCCGGGCGACGAGUGUUGCGGCGGCGGGGGGUACGGGUGGUUCGGCGGUCCCGGCGGGUUCGGCCCGGGCACGUAUGGGUACAACGGCCCGCUGUACUGGGGGGCGGCGCCGGCGGGAGGGAUCGGGAGCGUCGCGGCGGCCAACCUGGUGGCGCCCCUCGUCGUGGCCUGCGUAUCUGCAGCCAUGCUCGCCUAGCCUGUAUUAUUAUACUAGUAUAAUUACUGGUGAUUUCUUACUGGGAAUUAAAGUAACUAUAUUUAUAUAUUUACAGUGCUUUACCACUUAUCAGCAUAUAUAUUUUAUGAUACAAUAAUAAUAUAAAGUGGAAUCUUUGGUUAAUUUGA